AUGACAAAACCAGAAAAUAUCGGUAUCCACGGAAUUGAAGUUUACUUCCCAAGUACUUAUGUCGCACAAGAAGAUUUAGAAAAAUUCGAUGGUGUCAGCCAAGGUAAAUACACAUUAGGUCUCGGUCAAACUAAUAUGGCAUUCUGUGGUGACAGAGAAGAUAUCUACUCGCUCUCAUUAAAUGCAGUCAAUAAUUUAAUGGAUAAAUUCAAUGUUGAUCCAAACUCAAUUGGUCGUCUUGAAGUCGGUACUGAAACUGUUAUUGAUAAAUCCAAAUCAGUUAAAACCGUUUUAAUGGAUCUCUUUGCCAAACAUGGAAAUACUUCAAUCGAUGGUAUUGACACUAUUAACGCUUGCUAUGGUGGUACAUCUGCACUCCAUAAUGCACUCCAAUGGAUGGAAUCCUCCUAUUGGGAUGGCCGUAAUGCUAUUGUUGUCGCUGGUGAUAUCGCAGUCUAUGAAAAAGGUCCAGCUCGUCCAACUGGUGGUGCAGGUGUUGUUGCAAUGUUAAUUGGUCCAAAUGCACCAAUCACCUUUGAAUCUGGUCUUCGUGGUGUCCAUAUGGAAAAUGUCUACGAUUUCUAUAAACCAGAUAUGGAUUCCGAAUAUCCACGUGUCGAUGGUAAACUCUCAAUCUCUUGCUAUUUCAGAGCUAUCGAUAAUUGUUACAAUCGUUAUGCCAAAGCCUUUGAAAAGAAAUAUGGUAAAUCUUUCUCACUCGAUCAAGUUGAUUUUGCUCUUUUCCAUUCACCAUACAAUAAAUUGGUUCAAAAAUCAUUUGGUAGAAUGUUAUAUAAUGACUUUUUAAAUAAUCCAAAUGAUUCAAGAUAUGCAUCAUUGGAAGCUUAUAAGAAUGUUAAACCAGAAGAUACUUAUUUCGAUAGUGUACUUGAAAAAGCAUUGUCAGCAAUCACCAAGAAUGAUUAUGCUACCAAGGUUGCACCAACCACUUUAUUAGCCAAACAAUUGGGUAAUACUUAUUGUGGUUCAACCUAUUCUGGACUUUUAUCAUUACUUGAUGAAAAAUCAAAUGAUUUAGUUGGUAAGAGAGUAUUAACCUUUUCAUAUGGUUCUGGUUUGGCUGCAUCUGCAUUCUCAUUCAAAGUUGAAAAACCAAUUAAUCAUAUCGUUGAAAAAGUUGAUUUAAAGAAUCGUUUAGCUAAAAGAGUUCGUGUUGAACCAGAGAUUUUCACAGAGAAAUUAUCACUUCGUGAAACUAGACAUAAUCUUAAAAAUUAUGUACCAUCUGAUGAAACUACAAAUAUGUUCCCAGGUUCUUUCUAUUUAUCUUCUGUCGAUAAUGCUGGUAUUAGAAAAUAUGAUCGUACUUAUUCAACCUCUGCUGUACUUGGUGCAUUUCAAAGAAGACAACAAAUCUCUCAAUCAACAAUCAAAUCUUUAAAUUUAUUUAGAGCUACUAAAUCAGUUUUAUCAAUUUUAAAAAAAUAA